AUGUCCGAGUCCAAGCAAGUAGACAUUGAAGCCGCCGCCGCCGCGUCCCCGGGUCGGGACUCUGGCUCCGGCGACGAGCAGGCCGGCAACCACCACCCGAGCAAGGCGCCGCUCGCCACGUCGUCGGUCGGCGAGGUGCUGCAGUCGUCGGGCGUGACGCGCAUGGAGGCCGUGUACCGGGAGGCGCAGACGGACCGCAGGACCUUUUACCUCGUGGGCGCGUCGGUGCUGGUGUGCGCGUGGGCCUACUCGCUCGACUCGUCGACGACGUCGUACUACAGCAUCGACGCCUCGUCCUACUACAAGCAGCACAGCACCGUGCUCUCGACGCUGUCCAUUGCCACCAGCGUCAUCGGCGCCGUCAGCAAGCCCUUCAUGGCCAAGUUCUCCGACAUCACCUCGCGGCCGUACACGUACCUGCUCGCGCUGGUCUUCUACGCCGUCGGCUACGUGAUUGCCGCCACGUCGCGCAGCAUCUCGGCGUACAUUGGCGGCGAGGUCUUUGUCGCGGUCGGCGGAUCGGGCCUGGACCUGACCAACGACAUCAUCGUCGCGGACCUGACGCCGCUCGAGUGGCGCGGCUUCGUCUCGUCGCUGCUGUCGACGCCGUUCAUCAUCAAUACCUGGUUCUCGGGCAAGAUUGUCGAGGCCAUGUCCUCGCGGGGCCAGUGGCGAUGGGGCUACGGCAUGUUUGCCAUCAUCAUGCCGGUCGCUCUCGGUCCCGCCAUUGCCGUGCUCAUCCACCUCGACCGCAAGGCCAAGAAGCACGGGCUCAUCAACAUGGCGUCGAGCAACGCCGCACGGCGCGCCGCCGCCGAAACGCUCGGCGAGAAGCAGGACAACAGCAGUCCGCGCGGUCUCAUCGUCGCCGCCGCCGCAGCCGCAGAGUCUCAAGAGUCGUGGGGCCGCGCGCUGCUGCGCAACUGGCACGAGAUUGAUGCUUUCGGGCUCAUCCUGCUGGGCUUCGGCUGGUCGCUGCUGCUGCUGCCGUUUUCGCUCAAGACGUACGCGGAGCACGGCUGGCGCAACCACUCGCUGAUUGCCAUGAUGGUGGUCGGCGGCGUGCUGCUGAUUGCGUACGUCGUGUACGAGAUGAAAUGGGCCAAGAUGCCGAGCGCGCCACGCCGACUCGUGUUCAACAAGACGUUCAUCAUGUCCAUUGUCAUCGACAGCUUCUACUUUUUCGCUGGAAACAUGCGCGGUCUGUACUGGAGCUCCUACGUGUACGUGGCCAAGCCCUGGAGCCAGCAGGACUGGGUGUACUACGGCAACACCAUGACGCUCGCGCUGUGCAUCUUCGGCCCCAUCACCGGCCUCCUGCAGCGCUGGACGCACCGCUACAAGGCGAUCCAGGUGUCCGGCCUUUGCCUCAAGGUCGUCGGCAUGGGCAUCCUGCUCUCCGGCCACCGGGCAACCGACGACACGGCCGCCAUGGUGCUCUCCAUGGUGCUCAUCGGCGCCGGCGGCGCCAUGUCCGUCGUGGGCACGCGCGUCGCCUCGCAGGCGUGCGUGCCGCACCAGGACGUCGCGCUCGCCAUCUCGCUGCUGUCGCUGUGGUCCAAGAUUGGCAGCGCCGUCGGCAGCGCCGUCGUGGCCGUCAUCUGGUCCGCGCAGAUGCCGGGUCAGCUGCGCGCGCACCUGCCCGCAGGCACGCCCGAGGCCACGGUCAAGAAAAUCUUCAACAACGUCAAGGCGGCGCGCACGCUGUACGCCUUUGAUAGCCCGAUGCGCAGGGGCAUCAUCGAGGCGUACCGCCGCACGCUCUUUUACUGCCUCACGCCGGCGCUCGCGCUCGCGUUCAUCCCGCUCGUCGCCGCGUGCUUCCAGACAAACUUUUACCUCGGAAAGCAGCAGAAUGCCGUCACCAAUGUCGGCAAUGAUGGACAGCCGCUGAAGGAGGAGGAGCAGAACCCAGAGCCGCUGCCGCCAGCUGCGUCGAAGAAGGAGGCGUUCCUGAGAUUCUGGGGCGGACGAAGUGCAGUUCCGGCUCAGCGGUCGUAA